GGAUCUAUGGGGCUAGUAGGGGAUAGGGGAUGUAUGGGGCUGGUGAGGGAUCUGAGGAGGGAUCUAUGGGGCAAUGUGUGGGUCAGAUCUAUGGGUCAGAAUAUGGGUCGGAUCUAUGGGGCAGUAUGUGGGUCAGUAUAUGGGUUGGAUCUAUGGGUCAAUAUGUGGGUCAGGUGUAUCUAUGGGGCAGUGUGUGGGUCGGAUCUAUGGGUCAAUAUGUGGGUCAGUAUAUGGGUUGGAUCUAUGGGUCCAGGUGGAUCUAUGGGUCAAUCUAUGGGUCCAGGUGUAUCUAUGGGUCAGAUCUAUGGGUCCAGGUGGAUCUAUGGGUCAAUCUAUGGGUCCGGGUGGGUCUAUGGGGUGAAGUAUGGGUCAGUAUAUGGGUCAGAUCGAUGUGUUGUAUCUAUGGGUCCAUAUGUGGGUCAGAUCUAUGGGUCCAGGUGUAUCUAUGGGUCAAUGUGUGGGUCAGUCUAUGGGUCCAGGUGUAUCUGUGGGUCAGUCUAUGGGUCCAGGUGGGUCUAUGGGUCAAUGUGUGGGUCAGUUCUAUGGGGCAGAUCUAUGGGGCAGAUCUAUGGGGCAAUAUAAGGGUUGUAUCUAUGGGUCUGAUCUAUGGGUCCAGGUGGGUCUAUGGGGCAAUGUGUGGGUCCAGGUGUGGGUCGGAUCUAUGGGUCAGUUUAUGGGUCAUAUCUUUGGGUCCAGGUGGAUCUAUGGGUCAGUGUGUGGGUCCAGGUGUGGGUCAGUAUAUGGGUCGGGUCUAUGGGUCCAGGUGGAUCUAUGGGGCAAUGUGUGGGUCCAGGUGGGUCUAUGGGUCAAUGUGUGGGUCCAGGUGGAUCUAUGGGUCGGGUCUAUGGGUUCAGGUGGAUCUAUGGGUCAGUAUAUGGGUUCAGGUGGAUCUAUGGGGCGAUGUAUGGGUUGGAUCUAUGGGUCCAUAUGUGGGUCAGAUCUAUGGUCCACAACACUGA